CUUCAUUUGAUCUACAAUAUUUAUUCAAUAAUACUUUGUGAUACAGUCGAUUUACCUCAAGAUCUCAAAAGACGUCGCGGUAGUCACAUUCAAAAUGGCUAAAGGUCUUCGAUCCAGCCAGAAUAAGAACAACAAGUCCAAGCUCCGAUCAAACGUUUUUGGGCCUAGAGAGGAUGCGCGGACGGAAAGGCUGUCAGCGAAAUUGUUAGAGCUUGCAUCUAAGCCAAAGCCUACUGAUGGCGGGGACGCGAAAAUGGAGACAGAAGAGAAGGAUGCCGUAGCAGAACCUCAAACGCAAGACGAUGCGUCCAAGCCGGAAGAAAAUGAAGGCAUGGACGUCGACGGCGAAAACGUUUCCAAGUCCUCUUCGAGCAAAAAGCACAAACUCCCCGGUCGCGCGCAUAAGAAACGCCGGGGCAAGCCUCACUCUUCGAUGACCUUUAACACACACAAAGUCUCUAAGAAGCAGAAAAAGCAGAGACGGUAAACGGGUGUUUGAUUUCAUUUUGGCGUUUGGCGAAUCUUGCAUGGCUUGGCGGAAAGGCAUCAACCACGUUACUUGAACACGGAUACUAUCCAGUCUUUUAAUAUGUCAUAUAACCGCCUUGUAUCAACGUAUAACAAAUGGGCAAUGUCAGCAGAUGGACGAAAUUUUGAGACUUGGGGAUGAUCAAAUUCCAAGCAGCUUGGAGUUGUGUAUUCAAAAUGUUGCAUUAAAGAUUUUCUGGC